AUGCAACUGGUCCCAUCGCUCCUCUGCCUAGCAUUAUGGUCUAGUUCAGCACUUGCAUUCUACCCAUAUAGGCCAGCAUGGUUAAAAUCCAGCUUAGAAAGCGAGGACAAGAGAGCCACUUUGGCAGAGGACUCGGAGGGCCUCGCCUUUGAGAUUCACCAACGCCAGGGCCGCCCUGUCGUUUCCCAAGAGGCUAUACGCCUUGCCGCCAAAUACGAUAGCCACGCAGCGCUUGCCCGCCGCAAAAAUACCUACGCCGUCACCACAGCCACUACCCCCUCCACGAGCGACGCCGCCGGCAUUAACCAGGAUGGAACCGACUACUCGUACUUUAUUCAAGUUAGCAUUGGUUCUAAAGGAACCAAGCUCUACAUGUUGGUCGAUACGGGAGCUGGAUCCAGCUGGGUUAUGGGCGCCGACUGUUCCAGCGAUGCAUGCGCCAAGCACAAUACCUUUGGCACUGGCCAGUCUGACACCCUCACCAUUAGUGACAAGGACUUUUCCGUAGCCUACGGAUCCGGAAAGGUCAGCGGGAAGCUUGCCACCGACACCAUUUCGGUUGCCGGAAUGAGCGUCAAAUACCAGAUCGGUCUCGCCUCCACCACGUCGACUGAGUUCAAAGACUUUGCUUUUGACGGCAUCCUCGGAUUGUCCAUGGGCAGCGGAGCCAGCGCCAACUUCCUCGCCACCCUAACAUCAGCCGCCGCCAUUAAGAGCGCCAUCUUUAGUGUCGCCCUGAGCCGUGCUGCCGAUGGUGGUACGUCUGGUGAAAUCAAAUUCGGCGGUAUAAACUCGGCCAAGUACACUGGUGACAUUUCCUACACCUCUCUUGCCUCCAAGAGCGGUGACUGGGCUAUCAAUCUCGACGACAUGUCUUUCGAUGGCAAAAAGGCCGGUGUUGGCAAGCUUGCUUACAUUGAUACUGGCACAACCUAUAUCUUUGGUCCCCCGAGCGUCACCGACAAGGUCCACGCUGUCAUUGACGGCUCCAAGAAGCAGGGCGCCUACUACAGCGUCCCCUGCGACACGACAACGCCCAUCACCGUCACCUUUUCUGGUGUUGAUUACCAAAUCCCCGCCAAGGAUUGGGUCGGAGCAAAGGAUACCAGCGGUACCUGCUUCAGUAACAUCUACGGCCAGGAAGUAGUAAAAGACUCCUGGCUCAUCGGUGCCACGUUUCUUAAAAACGUCUAUACCGUUUUUGAUAAGGAUGGUGGCAGAAUAGGAUUCGCAAAGACUGCUUCAGGUGACUCGGCCUCUUCUGUGUCUUCUUCUGCUACCCCCUCGGGCUCCUCGUCAGUGUUUUCAUCAUUGUAUCUGUCAUCAUCUUCUCUAGGCCCGACUUCUAACACGGCUACACCCACUAGCAGUCCAUCGACCAUGUCGACCAAGACUUCGUCGGCUGGCCCCUCUGCCUCCGCCAGUAAGCCCUCCCUGGGCCUUACUGGACAGGAAACCACGACGGCCGCGGCUUCCGGCAGUUCAACUGUGUCGGUAGCCGAUGCAACCAAGACUGGCGACAAGGGCAACGGAGCUGCGUCUGGCCUACACGCUCAAGGCGCCCAGCUCGCCUCCUUUGUUGGUGUCGCUGCUCUUCUCUUAAUAGUAUAG